AGGGAAAUGAAACUGAAGGUUUCAAAACAACAGUCUGGCGGAGUGAUACUAAAGUCACACCGAGGAGCCAUGGCGUCCGCUGCGUACUCCGAGGAUCUGACCUGUCCCGUCUGUCGCACCUUCUUCACGGACCCGGUGACUCUUCUCUGCGGUCACUCUCUCUGCAGGGAAUGCAUCGCGAGUCCGCAGUGUCCACAGUGUCCGCAGACGGCCGUUCCGACGGAGGAAGGGUGUCCUCCGUCUAAUCUCAUACUGAAGAGGCUGGCUGAGAAGAUAAAGACAGAGAAUGGGAGAGAGAGUGCGCCUGCGUCUGAGCUGUGCUCUGAGCUUGAGGAAAAGCUCAAACUGUCCUGCGUCACAGAUCAGCAGCUAGCUUGUAUCAUAUGCCAAGACGGGGAGAGGCACAAUGGGCACAAGUUCAAACCCAUCAAGGAAGCAGCCGCGUCCCUAAGACAGCAGCUGGAGGAGGGCGUGGAGGGCCUGCACGGCGACAUUGUCACUACGGAGAGCCUCGCCCACGCACAGAGGGCAGAAAUGGCAAAAACCAAAGAUCCUUUAGUUACCCCCAAAGGAUCAGGCCAAAACACAGGCUUUGGCUUUGGUACCCCUGCAGGAUCAGGCCAAAACACAGGCUUUGGCUUUGGUACCACCAAAGGAUCAGCCCAAAACACAGGCCUUGGCUUUGGUACCCCCAAAGGAUCAGGCCAAAACACAGGCUUUGGCUUUGGUACCUACAAAGGAUCAGGCCAAAACACAGGCUUUGGUACCCCUGCAGGAUCAGGCCAAAACACAGGCUUUGGUUUUGGUACCCCCGCAGGAUCAGGCCAAAACACAGGCCUUAACUUUGGUACCACCAAAGGAUCAGGCCAAAACACAGGCCUUGGCUUUGGUACCCCCAAAGGAUCAGGCCAAAACACAGGCUUUGGGUUUGGUACCCCUGCAGUAUCAGGCCACAACACAGGCUUUGGUUUUGGUACCCCCAAAGGAUCAGCCCAAAACACAGGCUUUGGCUUUGGUACCCCUGCAGUAUCAGGCCACAACACAGGCUUUGGUUUUGGUACCCCCAAAGGAUCAGCCCAAAACACAGGCUUUGGCUUUGGUAUCUACAAAGGAUCAGGCCAAAACACAGGCUUUGGUACCCCUACAGGAUCAGGCCAAAACACAGGCCUUAACUUUGGUACCCCUGUAGGAUCAGGCCAAAAGACAGGCUUUGGCUUUGGUACCCCCCCCAAAAACAGGAUCAGGCCCAAAACACAGGCUUUGGCUUUGGUCCCCCUGCAGUAUCAGGCCACAACACAGGCUUUGGUUUUGGUACCCCCAAAGGAUCAGCCCAAAACACAGGCUUUGGCUUUGUACAAAGGAUCAGGCCAAAACACAGGCUUUGGUUUUGGUACCCCCAAAGGAUCAGCCCAAAACACAGGCUUUGGCUUUGGUACCCCCGCAGGAUCAGGCCAAAACACAGGCCUUAACUUUGGUACCCCUGUAGGAUCAGGCCAAAAGACAGGCCUUGGCUUUGGUACCCCCAAAGGAUCAGCCCAAAACACAGGCUUUGGCUUUGGUACCCCCGCAGGAUCAGGCCAAAACACAGGCCUUAACUUUGGUACCACCAAAGGAACAGGCCAAAAGACAGGCCUUGGCUUUGGUACCCCCAAAGGAUCAGGCCAAAACACAGGCUUUGGCUUUGGUAGCUACAAAGGAUCAGGCCAAAACACAGGCCUUGAUUUUGGUACCCCCAAAGGAUCAGCCCAAAACACAGGCUUUGGCUUUGGUACCCCCAAAGGAUCAGCCCAAAACACAGGCUUUAGCUUUGGUACCCCUGUAGGAUCAGGCCAAAAGACAGGUCUUGAUUUUGGUACCCCCAAAGGAUCAGGCCCAAACACAGGCUUUGGCUUUGGUACCCCCAAAGGAUCAGGCCAAAACACAGGCUUUGGCUUUGGUACCCCUGCAGGAUCAGGCCACAACACAGGCCUUAACUUUGGUACCCCCACAGGAACAGGCCAAAACACAGGCUUUUGCUUUGGUACCCCCAAAGGAUCAGGCCAAAACACAGGCUUUGGCUUUGGUACCCCUGCAGGAUCAGGCCAAAACACAGGCCUUGGCUUUGGUACCCCCACAGGAAUAGGCCAAAACACAGGCCUUGGUUUUGGUACCCCUAAAGGAUCAGCCCAAAACACAGGCUUUGGCUUUGGUACCCCCACAGGAACAGGCCAAAACACAGGCCUUGGCUUUGGUACCCCCAAAGGAUCAGGCCAAAACACAGGCCUUGGUUUUGGUACCCCCAAAGGAUCAGCACAAAACACAGGCUUUGGCUUUGGUACCCCCAAAGGAUCAGGCCAAAACACAGGCUUUGGGUUUGGUACCCCUGCAGUAUCAGGCCACAACACAGGCUUUGGUUUUGGUACCCCUAAAGGAUCAGCCCAAAACACAGGCUUUGGCUUUGGUAGCCACAAAGGAUCAGGCCAAAACACAGGCUUUGGUUUUGGUACCCCCAAAGGAUCAGGCCAAAACACAGGCUUUGGCUUUGGUACCCCCAAAGGAUCAGGCCAAAACACAGGCUUUGGCUUUGGUACCCCCUUUGGAACAGGCCAAAACACAGGCCUUGGCAGGAUCAGGCCAAAACACAGGCUUUGGUUUUGGAUCAGGCCAAAACACAGGCUUUGGCUUUGGUACCCCCACAGGAACAGGCCAAAACACAGGCUUUGGCUUUGGUACCUACAAAGGAUCAGGCCAAAACACAGGCUUUGGUACCCCCACAGGAUCAGGCCAAAACACAGGCUUUUGCUUUGGUACCCCCAAAGGAUCAGGCCAAAACACCGGCUUUGGCUUUGGUACCCCGCAGGAUCAGGCCAAAACACAGGCCUUAACUUUGGUACCACCAAAGGAUCAGGCCAAAACACAGGCUUUGGCUUUGGUACCCCCACAGGAACAGGCCAAAACACAGGCCUUAACUUUGGUACCCCCACAGGAACAGGCCAAAACACAGGCCUUAACUUUGGUACCCCCACAGGAACAGGCCAAAACACAGGCCUUGGCUUUGGAACCCCCAAAGGAUCUGGCCAAAACACAGGCCUUGGCUUUGGAACCCCCAAAGGAUCAGGCCAAAACACAGGCUUUGGUUUUGUUACCCCCACAGGAACAGGCCAAAACACAGGCCUUGGCUUUGGUACCCCCAAAGGAUCAGGCCAAGACACAGGCCUUAACUUUGGUACCACCAAAGGAACAGGCCAAAACACAGGCCUUGGUUUUGGUACCCCCAAAGGAUCAGCCCAAAACACCGGCUUUGGCUUUGGUACCCCCGCAGGAUCAGGCCAAAACACAGGCUUCAGCUUUGGUACCCCCAAAGGAUCAGGCCAAAACACAGCCUUUGGCUCUGGUACCUCUGCAGCAUCAGACCUUUUUGGUACCCCCUUUGGUACCUCCGCAGGAUCAGACUUUGCCUUUGGUACCCCCUUUGGUACCUCCGCAGCAUCAGACUUUGCCUUUGGUACCCCCUUUGGUACCUCCGCAGGAUCAAGCUUAUCCUUUGGUACCUCCGCAGGAUCAGGCUUAUCCUUUGGUACCUCCGCAGCAUCAGACUUUGCCUUUGGUACCCCCCCAGUAUCAGGCCAAAACACAGCCUUUGGUACCUCCGCAGGAUCAAGCUUUGCCUUUGGUAACCCCGCAGGAUCAGGCCAAACUGCAGCCUCCUCAUUGAUACACCAUGUAUUCAGUGUCAAUAAGUUAACUUCAGGGCAACAUUACUGGGAGACCGAGGUUGGACACAGGGACUAUUGGGAACUAGGGAUAAAAGAUAAUUUCCUGAAAUACGACAGCCAGAAAUAUUCCACCUAGUCCCAAAAAACCACAGAGCUAGCACCUGGAGCCAGACCUCGAAAGAUUGGCAUUUACCUGAACUGCGUUUCCAAGAAGCUCUCCUUCUACAAUGCAGACAACAUGACACAUAUUCACACUAUGUGCUCUGGUCCCAUGACCACGCCAGUGUCAGCGUAUUUUACCAUCAGAGUCAGAACACCUGAUCCUAACCCUCUGACAGUGUGCUGGUACUGAGGUCAAGAUGGAAGUUGUCUUAGUCUUAGUUGUCUUAUUAUUGUUAUUGCACUCUCUAUGACCAUUUUUUUUAUCAGAGAUUGUAUAUAUACAUGAUUUUUUAUAUUAAAUUCCUUAAUACAUUUA